CUGAAAAGAUGUCAGUUAAAGAAUGUAAUUCGGGUGACUACUUACUUGUUUGUGCUAUCGACUUUGGAACGACAUUUUCCGGAUAUGCGUUUUCCAUGAAACAUGACUACAUAAAAGAUCCCCUCAGUAUAGCGACAAAUAACUGGAUUGGUCAGUCACUCAUUUCACAAAAAGCACCAUCGACUGUACUAUGUCAUCCAAACGGCGAUUUCCACUCUUUCGGUUAUGAAGCUGAGGAAAAAUUCUGCGAUCUGGCAAAUGACGACAAACAUCAUGGUUGGUUUUUCUUUAGGCAGUUCAAGAUGAUCUUGCAUUCACAAAAGGAACUUAAACGAGCGACAUUGCUGCACGACCAUGAGGGCAAGAGUAUGCCAGCAUUGGACGUGUUUGCUAUAUGUUUACGGUACAUCCGAAAACAUUUGUUAGACGCCGUUGACAAACAAGGGAUGACUUUCAAAGACAACGAAGUAGGAUGGGUGAUCACAGUUCCAGCCAUCUGGUCUGAUCCUGCCAAACAGUUUAUGAGGGAAGCAGCGGUUCAGAGUGGAAUACCAAACGCGCACCUUGUACUUGCACUCGAACCAGAAGCUGCAUCUAUUUAUUGCAAAAGACUACCUAUAGACAGAUUAGCUGCGGGAUCAACAUUACCAGGAUUUAAACCAGGAAUUACUUACAUGGUUGUUGACAUUGGAGGAGGUACAGCUGAUGUCACAGUGCAUAAAAUUCUUUCUGAUGGUUCUUUAACGGAGCUACACAAAGCCAGUGGAGGAGCAUGGGGAGGAACAAAAGUCGAUCAGGCAUUUCGAAGAUUUCUGGAAAAGUUGUUUGGUUCUAAAGUUAUGAAAAGGUUUGCAGAAGAAUGCCAUAUUGAUGAUUUUGACCUUUCCAUGGAGUUUGAAGUGAAGAAGAGAAAAAUUAGUUUUGAAAGCACAACCCAGAUUACCAUGCGGAUUCCUGCCAACCUAAUGGUUUUGUAUAAAGAAGUAGAGAAGAGAACUAUCGAUGAUGUCCUGAAAAAGAAUGGAUUCGACGAUAAAGUGGCAAUAAAGGGAGACAAGAUGAGAAUAGAUGUAAAAAUCUUCAGAGAGUUUUUCACAGAGUCCAUCGAAAGCAUCGUAGCACACGUAGGAGAUAUUCUUCAAAGCCCUCUGUCCAGCGACGCUUCGACUAUUCUAAUGGUGGGUGGAUUUUCAGAAUCGCCUCUUGUACAAGAAAUGAUACGGCGAGCUUUCCCAGAAAAGACACUAGUUAUCCCUCAUGACGCAGGAACGGCAGUGCUGAAAGGCGCUGUCAUGUACGGCCAUCAGCCUAAGAUAGUGGCAGCAAGAGUCAGCAAGUUUACAUAUGGAAUAAAUUUUCACAAUGCCUUUGACCCGAAAUUACAUUUGAAAGGCAAGCGUGUUGUUAUCGAUGGUAACGUCCUAUGCAAAGACAUAUUUCUGAAGAUUGUUAGAGUAGGCGAUACACUGAAACUUGGUGAGAAGAGGACAAAUAACUUCAUUGACACAUUUCAAAGUCCAGACAGGAAGCGAAUGAUAGAGUAUUGCAACAUAUUCGCAUCGACUAACCCAGAACCCACUUAUAUCGACGAUGACAAUUGCUGGAAGCUGGGUCAUGUCGCAAUGCUUCCGCCAAAGAAUGGAUGGCCUGAUACAAUAGAAGGUAGAGUUGAAAUGAAAUUUGGAAUGACCGAGUUCGAGGUUACAGUCUUCGAUGAAAUUUCUGGACUAGAAUUCAAUGCAAAUUUUGAUAUGUUACAAUAAAUACAAAUAAAUCCUACAAUAAUGUUUCAGAGACUAUAAAUGAAGUGGCUGACAUUUUAUCAUAUAUUUGUUGAUCACUUUAAUCACAAAAUGUUUUUAUGACAUCAUUUGCUAGAAACCUUAUGAUUUACCCAAACCAUUGAUUUUCUUAAACAUUGAGCUGGAUUUAAACAAUUUAACAUUUUGAUUUCAUUACUCUGUAUACUUGGCUUGAAUAUUAAUUAAUGAUUGUAAAAUCAAAUGUUUUGAAUGAUAGAAGUUUUGGUUUAAUUAACAUUUAUCUUUGGUUAAUUGAUUUUGUUUAAGGUAGUUGAUCUGUGAUGGAACUCGGCAAAUUCCGUGUGAUUAUGUAUUCUCGUUAGGAAAUUUGGCAUUAUUUGAACGUACAUGUAGCUCAACACGUACACAGCUUUCCAUAAAAACCCGAAGUUUGCCGAUUUCAUAAAAUGAAAAUACGUAUUUUGCCGAUUAUCGUUACGGGUUAACUACAUUAAACGGAAUACAGUUAUUACCAUUAAGUAUGUAAGUGCGAAUUUCAAGUGUGCAACAUUUUAAUAUUACCACACAAUAGAUAAGUUUUAAGUUUAAACCUUGUCAAUAUUGCCACUAAAUGGACAAGGGCAAGUUUUAAGUGCGUAACAUUUCAAUCUUACCACUCAACAGAUAAGUGUCAGUUUUAAGUUUAUACGCUUGUCAUAUUACCACUCAUUACAUAAGUGCAAGAUUUAAGUUUAUACGCUUGUCAAUAUUAUCAUCACUAAUUAAGUAUGUGCUAGUUUUAAGUUUAAAUGCUUGUCAACAUAAACGCACAUCAUAUAUAAGCAAGUAUUAAAUUCAUAAGUUUGUCAAUACACUCACGGUUCUUGCUGUAAGAAUAGUUUUUACAGUUUACUUGACAUUUUCCAAGAAUUUAGUGAUAUGAUAAGAUAUCAAAAGAAUAAUUAUGUUUGCUGGUCACGGUUUCGAGAACAGUGCAGCCUCUGUCGAGCAAACAUCAAUGGAAAAACGAACACGUCAUUCCUGCGCAUAGUGUUGCUCAACAGAGAUACAUUUACUUGACUGUCAGAACCUCAAACUAAAGCAACAAUGACAUAACAUGUGUGCUGUACCACGUGAGCAGAGAUAUUGACAAUAUUGUAAAUGUUUAGGUACGGAGGAUUAAUGUUACUAAAUAUGUGUGU